CGUUAGUGACCGUUAGUUUAGAAGCCUACUUUCCACUCGGUGCCUCCCCUUUUUAUAUGCGUUGGUGUGGUCCGGGUUACUAGAGGCGGUCACGUGGUACGCUCCUUCCCUCCCGCUCUCUCUCCUGACACGGCGGCUUCUGCAGUAGACAUGGCGGCUCCAUUCCUGAGCACCGAGAAGAUCUGGUUUGAUAAAUGCAAGUACGAUGACGCCGAGAAGCAGUACUAUGAACAUGUAAACCUGAAGUCUGCACCCAACUGCCAGGACCAAGCACAGGAAGACGGAGCAAGCACAAUCCUCAGGGACAUUGCCAGAGCCAGGGAGAAUAUCCAGAAAUCGCUGGCCGGACUGAGGACAGUCCUGCAUAGUCCUAAGGAAGGCCAGGCUCCCCCUCCCCCGCACCACUCAGGGCCCCAUCCUAGCGCGGCGGCUGCCCCCAGUGGAGAGAACGGCGAGCUCCUGUCCCGGGUCGCCAGUCUAGAACAUGAGAACCAGAACCUGCAGAAAGUGGUGAAAGACCUUCAGUCGGCCAUCUCCAAACUGGAAAGCCGGAUCAGUACACUGGAGAAGUCCGCUACCUCACAAGCAUCAGCCCCACUGCCUCCACCUGUGUGCAAGUUACCGGCCCCUACCCCUGCACGUGCCUGCCCACCUGCCGCAGCCCCACAGCUCAAAGCAGAGGAGGAUGAUGACGACGACGAUAUUGACCUGUUCGGUAGCGAUGAAGAGGAAGAUGCAGAGGCCGCCAGGGUCAGAGAGGAGAGAUUGCGUCAGUAUGCAGAGAAGAAAUCCAAGAAGCCUGGACUGAUCGCCAAGUCCUCCAUUUUGUUGGAUGUGAAACCGUGGGAUGACGAGACGGACAUGGCAAAGCUGGAAGAAUGCGUGCGCUCUGUGCAGAUGGACGGGCUGCUGUGGGGCUCCUCCAAGCUGGUGCCUGUGGGCUACGGCAUCAAGAAGCUGCAGAUCCAGUGCGUGGUGGAGGACGACAAGGUUGGCACAGACAUGCUGGAGGAGGAGAUCACCAAAUUCGAGGACUAUGUGCAGAGCGUGGACAUUGCAGCUUUCAACAAGAUCUAGUCCAAACCAGAGUGUGAAUAAAGAGCAGCGUGUAACCGCCA